CUAGAAGAAUCAGCAGUGUGGGUUUACAAACAUGCAGAUGCCUAUAGGCGAUUAGCAAUUAGCCCUUCUAAAGGUGUUCUUAUGCAUGGUCCCCCUGGUACUGGAAAGACCUUGUUAGCUAAAGCUGUGGCUACUGAGUCCGCAGCCAACUUCCUGCCAGUUCGUAGUGCUGAUCUUAUAAAGGGACAUGUGGGGGAGUCAGAGAAAGCAGUCGCUCGAAUAUUUCAGAUAGCACGCAGAUGUAGCCCUUGUGUAAUUUUUUUGGAUGAAUUGGAGACAUUGUUUGGUAAACGAGAGACUAGCGGUGAUGUUGGUAAAAAGUUAAUCACACAAUUUCUGAUUGAAAUUGACCACCUUGAUACACUCCAACACACAGUGCUCGUUUUAGGAGCAACUAAUCAUCCAGAAUCAAUUGAUGCUUCGCUUUUGAGACCUGGGCGUCUCGAUCGUAUGGUGUAUGUUGGGACUCCGAAUUGUGGGGAGCGAUUGGAGAUCCUCAAAGUAUUGCAGCGCAAAACACCUUGCGCUAAUCAGGUGGAUCUGUCAAUUAUCGCCAAUAAGACGGAUAAUUACACAGGCGCUGACCUCAAAGCAGUAUUUCGCAAAGCUGGUCUCCUUACACUCAAACGACGCACUCAUAAUACUGACUCACCACUAGAGGUGACUCAAGAAGAUCUGGAAAGUGCCCUUUCUCAUGUGGGACCGUCGCGUAAUUAG